UUGCAAGUGCAAUUGAAGAAUUCAUCUUAAACUAAAGCUAUGAAAAUUAUUUCUCUGGGUUUGCAAUUGGCGUUCUUAUUUGCCGUAGUGGCUCACAAUAAUGCAGCCACAAUAAAGGUUAAGAGAUCUCCAUUGAGCUUACUUGGGUCAGUUACUGGAAGUAGCGGAGGUUUAACUGGAGGUUUAACUGGUGGUUUAACUGGUGGUCUACUUGGAGGUUCCGGAGGCUUAACUGAAAGUUUGCCUGUGGUAGGUGGUCUACUUGGAGGUUCAAGUGGUGGUUUGCUAGGUGGUGUAACUGGUGGCUCUGGUGGCUUAACUGGAAGUUUGCCUGUAGUAGGUGGCCUACUUGGGGGUUCUGGAGGAUUAACUGGAAGUUUACCUGUAGUAGGUGGCCUACUUGGAGGUUCAGCUGGUGGUGACUUAGUGGGCAGUGUUACUGGAGGUUUACCUGUGGUAGGUGGACUACUUGGAGGAUCAGGUGGUGGUGACUUAGUUGGCAGUCUAACUGGAGGUUUGCCUUUAGUAGGUGGCCUACUUGGAGGUUCAGCUGGUGGUAAUUUACUUGGUGGUUUACCUGUACUAGGUGGCCUACUUGGAGGCACUGGUGGCCUUGAUUUGGGAAAUAUCGCUGCAAUCAUACCAAACCUAGUCGGAUCUGUAGUUGGAACUGUACUCAAUUUAGUCGCUUCCCUACCAGUUGCUGCUGUUAAUCUCAUUUCCAGUAUUUUUGGAAAUGUUGAUUUGAGUGGCAAUACGCCUAUUUCUGUUUUCAAUUUAAUUGGCGAUUCAUUAAAAAAUUCACCUCUCGGAUCUGUACCUGGUUUAAGCGGACUCCAGUCAACUUUACUCGCUCAAGGCAAUGAUAUCGAUUCUACAAUGACAAAUGUAUAUAAUUUGCAACAAAUAGUCGAUGGUCUACAAAAGAAGAUACAAGAAACAGCUGAAGGACCAGAAAAGAAUGCUCUUCAAGCUCAAUUGCAGCAAGUUCAAGGUGUUUUGCAGCAACAACAGGACCUAUUGACACAACAAUUGAAUGCCCUUAAAUCACAAAUGGAUUUAGCCAACAAUGUAGCAGCUCAAUUUGCCCAAGCCACAGACAUGGAAAAACAAGUAUCAGACUUAAAAGCUCAGCUGAGCUCAGCUGUAGGCGAUGCAAAGGUUCCAAUCCAGGCGGCUCUAAAUGCAGCACAGUCUGCUUUAGAUCAGAAAUAUAAUGAUGUAUUCAAUCAAUUGAAAUCGUUCAUUGAAAGUGGUAUUGAGGCGGUCAUAGGUGCGGUACAGAGAAAUGCUGCCAACCUACCAGGCGAUGUUUUAAAUCAUUUAGUUGAAUGCAUAAAUGUCAUAACCACAACAUUGAAUAGUGUUUUCGGUGAAGAUAUUCCCAAUAUAGGCGAGAUUUUUCCAGAAUUAGAUGGAUUCAAAUCGGCUUUAAUUGCAUUAGCCCAAAACAUACCACCCCAAUUGGCAGAAGUAACUGAUUUAAUUAGUAAUAUAGCUACCUUAUCCCAGCAAUUGCCUUCGGCUACGGGCGAUGAACAAGCUGCUAUUGCCGCUGCAUUGCAGCAAGCGGUUUCUAGCAUGGUCGAUAAAUUGAAAUCUCUAACAGAAUCAUCCUCUGCCUUGAAAAUGUUUACUGAUUUGGCUAAAUUAAUUGCGGCACGUUAUGCAGAUGUACAAUCCUUACAACAACAAUUAUCUACUGCUUCCGCUGAUCAGCAAGCUCAACUUACUGCUCAAUUGCAGCAAAAACAAAAUGAUUUAGCUGGUAUUGUCGGUCAAAUGCAAGGACUAAUUCAAACUGUUACAAAUAGCAAUGCAGCAGGUAGCAUUAAUGCUGAUACGAUUAAUAAUGUUAUUAGCGGAGGUUCAUCAUUGCUGAAUAUUGCUAAGAUUGGUUUUGAGACAGUUUUAGGAACUGUGGGUUCAGUUGUAGGUUUAGGUGCUGGCCUCUUGUCUUCUGUCGCCGGCUUGGCCGCCAAUGUGCUUGGCAAUACUGCUGCUGCAGGUGUUAAUGCAGUAGGUGGUUUAAUAAAUGGUGUUACCGGUGUUGCCUCCAAUAUUCUGGGUGGCAACAGUAAUAUCCUAGGUGGCUUAAGUUCAGCAGGCACUGGUUUAGCUGGAAAUCUAUUAUCCGGUGGUUCGUCUGUAUUGAAUACUGCUACCAAUCAAGCUGCUGCUCCUGUCUCUGUGGUAAGUUCUUUAGCUCAACCAGCUAUUUUAACUGGAGGGUUAUUUUAAAAAUUUCACAGCUUUAAAACAUAAUUUCAAUUUAUGCAUUUUUUUAUCAUACAUAUUAUUGGUAAAUUUUUGUGUAAUAAUUAAUUUUAAAUAAAUAUAAUCGAUGUAACGACCUAUAAAGGUUUUAAAUGCAA